CACAUAUACUAUUCGUCUUCGUUUUACAAUGCCUGGAACAAUCUUCCUCAACGCCAACGCCACCUUCAGGGUUCGCUUCCGAGCCCAGGCCCGUUCCCCCUUGCCCGUCAAGCCCACGCCCCUCACACUACCCACACCCCACCCUCACUGGGCCUCCUUGCAGGCCGACAUUGAAGCCCACCUAAAACAAGCCAUUCCCAUCAAAGAGCCGCUCGAGGUUUUCGAGCCCAUGCGCCGCCUCGUCUUCGACGCCCCCCGGACCACCGUCCCCGCCCUAUGCCUCGCAGCCUGCGAGCUCGUGGGCGGGCAGCGCGACCAGGCCAUGGACGCUGCUGCGGCCCUGUUACUGAACCUGGCUAAUGCACACGUGCACGAGGAGCUUGGUGUUAGGGAGGGGUCCAACAUAGCGCUCUGGACCAGAGGGGACGGCGAUUGUUACUCGUCUUGGGUUUGAGUUGUGGCAGAGCGGCACGACGGGCCGACGGACCGUUGCAGCCCGGAGCGGGUGAUGCGUGUGAUAAUCGAGAUAUCACGGGCGGUUGGGUUCUCGAGGGGGCUGAUCAGUUCGCAGCACAUGCAACGGAAAACGUUGAGAGGAGGAGAAAACAUGAAACGCGUUUUGGUGGAGACAGGAAAGGGGAGGGUGGGCGUUGCACGCAUGACGGCGCCGCCUGUGGUGCGGUGGUCGAG